ACAACAUAACUAGAGAUGGUCUUCCCUUGGGAUGCAGAGCUGGAUCCUUGGUCCCAGUCUGUCUUAUGGACCCAUGUGAAUUACAGGUGUGUCUAUAUGGUGUUUUGUUUAAUAACACAUUUAUAUUAUCCUGUUUUUUUAGGUCCUGUGGGAGUGGGUUUGAAUGAACUGAAACGAAAGCUGCUCAUCAGCGACACACAGCACUAUGGUGUGACUGUACCCCACACGACCAGAGCAAAAAGAAGCCAGGAAAGCGAUGGUGUGGAAUAUAUUUUCAUUUCCAAGCACUUGUUCGAGACAGAUGUACAAAAUAACAAGUUUAUUGAAUAUGGUGAAUAUAAAAACAACUACUACGGCACAAGCAUAGACUCCGUUCGGUCUGUCCUGGCUAAAAACAAAGUUUGUUUGUUGGACGUUCAGCCUCACACAGUGAAGCAUUUAAGGACCUUAGAAUUUAAGCCCUACGUGAUAUUUAUAAAGCCUCCAUCAAUAGAGCGCUUGAGGGAGACAAGAAAAAAUGCAAAGAUUAUUUCAAGCAGAGAUGACCAAGGUGCUGCAAAGCCUUUUACAGAAGAAGACUUUCAGGACAUGAUUAAAUCUGCACAGAUAAUGGAAAAUCAAUAUGGUCAUCUUUUUGACAAAAUUAUAGUAAAUGAUGACCUCACUGUGGCAUUCAAUGAGCUAAAAACAACUUUUGACAAAUUAGAGACAGAAGCCCACUGGGUCCCAGUGAGCUGGUUACAUUCAUAACUAAGGGAAAUUCCCAUGAUCAUCUUUUUAUAGAGUGCAUGAUGAAAUCAGUUACCAUUCUGGUGGUAGGGUUUGUUUUUUUUGUUUUUUGUUUUUUUGUUUGUUUUUUUUUUUGUUUGUUUUUUUAAUCUAGAUCACUGUUGUAGAUGUGUAUCCUGCUUAAAACUGAAUGUUGGUUUUGUUUGUAUCUUUAUCCAGCCUUAUUUCAAACACAAUAUUUGACUAUAGAUCCAAAAUCAAAAUUUGCACAAUACUGUAUUUUGAGCACAGCUUUGAACCUUCUGGUUGUCCUUAAUAUACAGCUAUAUCUCCAAGAUGAGGUUGGACUUUUUAGAGAGAAACAGCUAGAGAAUUGAUACUGGAGUUCAGUGCUUUAGUGGUCUGAGACAAAGCCUCUCCAUCACGUUAACAGUUGAAGGUAUUAACUUAGCAGCCUUGAGCCACUCCAGGCAAGCAGGACAGCUUUAUAGAUUCAUCCAGGCUGACAGUAAGGCAUCCUCUUACUGUUUUAAAAGCGCAACCUUUUUCUUACAUAUAUAUAAUAUAGUCAGAGUGUCUUUAAAAUUUUUUCUUAAAGGAAUUAUGAAACAUUUGCCUUAGUAAGUGGCCUUCAUGUUAUAUCUUGAAAAGGCCUCGUAGGACUACAUAUCAGUGGCUCAGAUAUUUAAUGAGAGAAGAUAGACUUUUAAAAAUGAUUACAUAUGUAACUAAAAGCCUAUCUUUGUGGUAUUAGUCUUUGUAAAGAUGAUGAUAUCUUGGGGCAAGUAAUGACUACAAAGGACAUUUUAAUUUAUAAAUCCUGAGACAGGAUUUCUGGAGUCACCAUCCAGUAAGUUAAAAGAAUGUGAUUCCUAUUCUAAAAGUGGAUGUUUUACUGUUAAUUGAUAGUUAAAAGGUCAUCAUUUUUCACAUGUGCAAAUGAUAAUAUAUUUAAAUCACGCUAAGAUGUAUUUUAGAAAACUUUUCAUGUAAUGUUAACAUACCUCCUCUUCAUCAUCAAAAUAAUUCUUAACACUGGUCAGAUACCAUCUUAAUCUUGCCAUUUUUAAAGAAUUUUAAGAAAGACUCUUGUAAAUAUUUAGAUGGGCUUUCUUUUCUUUGUUACUACUGAACUUCAGCAAACAAAUCACAUAGCUCAAGAUAUUAGAAAUGUCCUAAGUUGUAUAAGAGAACAUGUCUUGCCAUUCUUGCAUGCAGUAAGACCCUGCCAAUCAAAAAUCAUUGCAUCUGUGACUUUCAAACAGAAAAUAUUUUUGUUGAUUUGUAAAGAGUUUAGAUGUCAUGUUUAAAGAAAAAUAGAAUGUAGUGAAAUUUUAUAUAUUUAUGAAAUCUUUGAAAGGCAUAUUUUUUUUAAUUAUCGAAUGGAGCUAUUCAUAAAAUAAAUUGUAUGUAAAGAUGUCAUAAUUUAAAAUAGUUUUAUAAGUCAGGGUCAACAUUCCAUGUAAAUAUUUGACCUUUGUUCAUACACAGAUAGAUCCACAAGUCUGUUAUGUGCACUGCAUAUUUGGUAGCAUUAUCCACUGGAUUUCCUUUAGACAUGUCAAAUUUCAUAUUAGAAACAGAGAUAAAAACUACUGCAAUGCCCUUGAUACACACUCAUACCAAAAUAAUCAGACUACAUGUUACUUAACAUGAUCAAAACAGUGAGUUCUAAGUUUAUAAACUCAAUAGCAAGCAAUUUAGUUUUUAAAAGAGUGAGGAAGAGGGUUGCUAGACUGAUACUAAAGCCAUACUUUAAAGUUGUAUGGCUGCUCUAAGAAAAUAGAAGUCUUACAUGGAGAGUUUGGGUAGAAUAUACUCCGCUUUAAACACUGACAAAAAUUUCCUAUAAAUCAAGACUUCCUGUACAAAGAGUACUGGGAAACAUAUAAUCAUCUAGGCAAUUGUCUGAAUAAGUUAGGCAGUCCAGAUUCUUUACUGUGGGGGUAGAGGGUAGUAUAAUGUGGUGGAAAGAGCCCUUUUUGCUGUUGGCGGCAAUGGGGUAUUUAAAAAUAUAACUGUCCAGAUCUUACUCCCUUUUCAUACUAGAAUUGAACAAUGUUUGUUUUUAAAUGAGAAGGGGCACCUUAGCAAUUUGAGAAAUCUUUGAUUAGGUAUAUGGCUUUCCAAGUGACAUUUACACGGCCAUUUUGCUGUUUAGAGAUUAGGUUAAAACCAAGGAAGGCAAGGAAGGUAGCGCCAAGGGCUCAUUGCUAACUGUUGUAGAAGGCCCUGGACUCUGCUUCUGCGCCGAGACCACCUCCUCCUCCUCCAGCAAGGAGAUGCACAUAGCCCUCUCCACUAUACUAGUUUGGCCGGCUCCCAACAGUGUCAGCCACUAUUUGAGAGAAGAGGAAUGUUUAUAUUUUUGAGUCCAUAUAUUUAAAAUCCAAGAUCGAGAAAGAAAUUCUAUAUUCCUGUGAUAACCAAAUUAGAGUCAGUUAAACAUAAAAAGAUGAAACUGUCAUAUUUUUUUUCCCAUUGUUUUACUCAUACAGAUGUUCUUAAGGCUGACAUUCCUGGUAUCGUAUUAUGAUUGAAUGUAUCUAAAUCAUAAUAAUUUAAAAUUGACAAAUGUAAUCUUCAUAGAUUUACAAAACUGUUAUUAAAAGCUUCUUGAAGAAUCUA